UUGUGACUCAUUUUUUGAUGUCGAGAAAAAGUCCACGUGUUCCGGACCACGAGCACCGUGUGUACUGCAGAAGCGGAUGUAAAACACGGCCUUACACGUACCGUCCAGAUCAUAAAAGGCUUGCCACGUUUAAAGAGUUGAUACAUUUUGGAAGCCGUGUCGACAGUGGGCAGCAAUGGGUUCGUUUUUUUCAAGGCGGAUAAGAGAUAUCCAAAACUAUUUCUCGAGUCGAGUUCACCAUCGGAUCUUAAUGCUAGGGCUAGAUGCAGCUGGAAAGACCACUGUCUUAUACAGGUUGAAAGAGAACAUAACGGUGAAUGUGAUCCCAACUAUCGGUUUCAAUGUAGAGACUGUGCACCCGGCCCCGGGAUUGGCGCUUGACAUGUGGGAUGUAGGCGGCGGGGACAAGAUCAGGCCUUUGAAGCGCCACUACAAACGCUCGGGCGUUUUACUGGUGGUGGACAGCACCGAUCAUGAGCGGUUUGACGAGGCGCGGGAGGAGUUGGUAAUGAUCCUGAACGAUUCCCAUGUCGGGCUACCAGUUGUCAUCCUGGCCAACAAACAAGAUCUACCAAAUGCGGUCAGUCCCUCUCAACUCUGCGAUGCCCUCCGACUGACCGAUCUACCUAAGGGGUAUCCCUGGCAAAUCGUAGGAACAAGCGCCAUCAACGGCGAUGGGUUACAAGAAGCAGCGAUUAGUCUGGGGAAGAUGGUGAAAAAAUACAAGAAAGACAACCGACAUCUUCGUAAAGACUCCAUCCCUUGAUUCCUGAAGUUGUAAUUUGUCAAAUGUAUAUAGGGCCUAGAAACUUAAACAAUAUGGAGUGCCGAGGCCUCGUGGUCUAGAGCAUUGAAAUCGUGGGCUGCGGGUAAUUCUGCAGGUUGUUGGUUCGAAGAUCCAGUCUGGGGUUGCACUUUGUAUGUCACUCAUUGCUUUCCCCACUCUGGAGUAAACGAAACGAAUACCUGUGAGGGCGGGGAUGGUUGUGAUGCCUUGGGCCGAGAUGACUGCAUCGAGCAGUAUGCUCCCCAGGGAGCUAUAAGAUGGUUUUUGAAAUGUUUGAUUGGCAAAUGAUCAGGGGUAUCGAUAAUAAUGUAAGGCGCCUUGAUCUUAGUUAAAAGGAAAGUACAUUAUU